GUUGACGCCCUGCGUGCGGUGGUGCGUCUGGUAGCAGGAGAAGAUGGCGGUCUCCACAGGAGUUAAAGUUCCUCGUAAUUUUCGCUUGUUGGAAGAACUUGAAGAAGGACAAAAAGGAGUAGGUGAUGGUACUGUUAGCUGGGGCCUUGAAGAUGAUGAAGACAUGACACUUACAAGGUGGACAGGCAUGAUUAUUGGGCCACCAAGGACAAACUAUGAAAACAGAAUAUAUAGCCUGAAAGUAGAAUGUGGAUCUAAAUACCCAGAAGCUCCUCCAUCAGUUAGAUUUGUAACAAAAAUUAAUAUGAAUGGGAUCAAUAAUUCCAGUGGAAUGGUGGAUGCACGGAGCAUACCAGUAUUAGCAAAAUGGCAAAAUUCCUAUAGCAUUAAAGUCAUACUUCAAGAGCUAAGACGUCUUAUGAUGUCCAAAGAAAAUAUGAAGCUUCCACAGCCUCCAGAAGGACAGACGUACAACAACUAACUUUAGUGGAUCUCAAACUUGUCUUAAAUCAGCAACCUUCUACUCAUGUUAAUGUCUUGAUUAAAUAUCACCAUGCACAAUACCCACACAAUAAGUAAAAGAAUUGCAGCUGGUAAACAUGACCUGGACAGUUGUAAGAAUAUAUUUAAUAUAUGUACACCUAUUAUGUUUUCAGGUAACAAGAGACGUGCAGCACAAUUUUUCUUUCUAUUAAAGCACUGUCAUUUAAACAUGAACCUGAAGUACUCAAAAUGGAGUUCAGGCUUUCAAGACAAAAGCAUGACAAAAGAGUGUCAUGUGGCCAUGGAAACAUUUGUUUUUCUGGAAAGUAAAGUCUCAAGAAGGAAGAACAGAAAUGGCAUGCUUUAUCAUAUUUAGAGCUGCAGUUGGAAUUGUUUAAAGUAGCAGAUACAAUGACUAGUCAACAAUUGUGUUAAUUCUUGAAGCGGUGUGGGUGCUGACUACUAUUAGUACAAACAUAGGUUCAGGAUUGUUUUGAUACCUGUAUUUAUAAUAAAAGGUGUUGGGGUUUUGAAUUUCUGUUAAAAGCUGUUCCCGUUUGUUACAUGUAACAGACAUAAUAAUUUGUUUACAGUCUUUGUUUAGUAAAACAUGCUUAGAUGUUUUAAGUGAAGUCAACAAAAAGGAAAUAGGUGUAUGGAUAUGUGAUUUUGAGAUGAAAGUUAGUCUUAAAAUGUAAAUAAAAUAUGGAAUGUGUCUUAAGAGACUGUGCUAUUUCUGUUACAUUGAUAUAUGCUAUGGUAGCCAUAUCAUGGUAGCAAAAUUGGGAGUUAUUAAGCUAGGCAUGGUAAUGGCAGAGGCAGGCGAUUACAAGUUCCUGGCCAGCCUGGGCUAGUACAUAAGACUGCAAUUAAAACAAAAUAAGAAAUACUGUGAGACUAUCAAAGACUUUCAUUGAAAUUCUAUUCUAUAUGCCUAUGUUUGGAACUUACAGAGCACUUGUUGUGACACCGUACAUGCUCAGUUUAAUUUCUUCGCACAAAGAGGUAUCUCAGUUACUAUAUUUCAAAUUUUAUUUCAUCAUAGGCAAUAUUAAAAAAGAUCUUUGCAUUUUAGCAGUUUUUGUAGCUACAAACUGCAAAUUAUUCAGUACUCAUUUAAUUUUUUCUUGUGACAUUUUAAUUUUUCUGUAAAGCUUUGGUUCAUUACAAUUGACUGAAUUGAAGACUUUCCUCCCCUAUCUUUAAUUUUUUUUUUGUUAUUUAGUGUGUGUGUGCGCAGUGUGUGUGGUGGGGGGAUGUGUGCGCGCGCAUACGUGUGUGUACUUGUGUGAAGAUCAGAGGUUACCUUUGGAGUGUUGGUUCUUGCCUUCACUUUCCUGUGUGUUACUGAUGUCGAACUCUGAUCACCAUGUACCAUGCGUGUCAACAAGGGCCCUCACUGCAGAGCCAUCUCAUUGGUUCCUCUUCUAAGAACAACGGAAGUUAAUUUUAUCAUUCCACUCUGUUUACUUUAACAAAUAUGUGUCUGAAGUUGAAAGUUUAUUUUUAUUCUUUUAUCAAAUUGACAGUUUAAUUGUCAAAAUAAAAAAAUGAGAUGUUCAAACUUUGCAUAUAAAGAAAGUAAAGGGAACAGCAUGACUAGUAUACUGAUUACUUUUGGUUACUUUUAUAGCAAGGAUAGGUUUCUUGACAUAUACUUGGUGUGUUUUGAUUAAGCUGUUUAAAAGUUAAUGUUUUUUUAGUCAUUAAACUAGUUUGUCUAGACAUUAUCAUCACUGUUGUAGUUUGAAAGAGGGUACCACUGUAUAACCUAUGAUGGCUUCAAACUUGCACAAUUAUUUCUGUCUCAGCCUCCCAAGUACUAGUUCAGGUGUACACCAUGUCCAGCAUAAGUGGACUCAUUUUAAAUGAGCUAGUCUAAUUAUCAACAAACUUCCUUUAUUCGUGUUUUGUGUGUGUGUGUGUGUGUGUGUGUGUGUGUGUGUGUGUUGGGUGCAUGCAGAGGCCUUAGGUGGUAUCUGGAGUCUCUCUUAAUUGUUCUUUCACUUUAUAGUGUCAGACAGUGUUUUUAAAUGAAGCCCAGAGCUCACUGAUGCAGCUAGACUUGCUAAUCAGCUUGCUAUAGAAAUAGAUCCCCCUGCCUCUGCUUUCCAAGGCUGGAAUUAUAGCCUUACCUGUUAUUUUAUGUGGGUUCUGGGAAUCGGAUCUCCAACAAGCAUUUUCAACCAUUGAGCCAUCUCAGCCCCUCAAAGAUGUUCUAAAUAUUUAACCACAUAGAACAUACACAUAACAUUUUCCAUGUGUAAUUGAUUAAAGUAGACUUAAAUGAAAUAUACUAAUAUUUAAUGAUUAAAGAUUACAUUCAAUUGCAUUGACAGUAUAGAGUCAUUACCAGUUCUUUUCUGCCUUGAAAAUGUGUCUUGUGAUACUUGGAGCUAGUAAGUGUUGGGAUGCUUUUGAUAGCCUUUGGUAGAAUCUGGUACUUUGGUCUCAUGUUGUCUUUGUAUAUGCCACUGUGAGAGUUCUCUCCUCCACCCAAGGCUGUUUGUCAGAGCCCAGCCUAUUUAAAAAAAACCCCUUUCUUGUUUAAGGGAUUGUGGAUCUUAGCAUAAAUCUAUGAGUCAGUUAACAGAUUUCCAAAGCAAAAUCCAUUUUGCAUGUAACAGUUAUAUAUGAUUAUCUAAGAUUGAUGAAAUUUUAGAGUUAAUAGAGCCUCUUUUAAAUAAAAGCAAAUCUUCUUUUGUAAAGUGACUAGGAUUGCAGGAAUGUGGUAUAAAUAGACUAGAAAUUUGCCUUAGAAACUUGUUUCAAGAGAUUUUAAAGUAUGACCCUUGAUGACUAUAUGUUAAUAAAAGUUAAAAAGUAAAAUUCUUGUUCCAGUAGGUCCCUGUUAUACUUUAAUGGCUUUAACUAUUUGUUAUUUUCAGAAUUGGUAAUUUUUUAUUAUUUGUUAAUUUAAAAUAAAGUUAUUGCACUUGUUUAGGGAUCUGUAUAUACUUUUCUAGAAUUUUUGUAACAAACAUUGGGUCUGUCACAGGCAGUCUUUUGGGUGUGAAAACAAAACCUGUAAUUUUACAUUGACCUUUAUAAAAACUAUUUUACUCAACAUUUGGGUAUGUGAAUAAAUAGGGACUUUAGUUUGAUUUAUCAGGACAAGUACUUCACCAAGACUGACUUCCAUCAUCGAAGUGUUCUUCAACAUUAGAAUGCAUGUGAAGUUGAUAUUUGAAAAUUUAGAGCAUUGUUGAAAACCACUCUUAAUAGGUUUGAUGUUUAUGGCUUUAGGCCAUUCUCAUAAGUUCAGUCAAAAUCAUGUCAGCUUCCUAAAUGAGUUUAAAACCAUAUAUUCUUGCAUGCUUACAAGGAUUUUGGAAACUACUUAAGGAAUCUUACAGUUUUUUUCCUUUAUAAGAAUAGUUUUUAGGUAUUUGUAUACAGAGCUACAAUAUUAUUGAUUAUUGGGAAGGAUAGCAGACACAGAUCUUACUUUUCUGAUAAGUAGCAAUACACUUUCAUUGCUUCAGUUUGACCAGUUUUUGUUCAGUUGUAAUGCCUCAAGAUUUUGGAAAGAUGUACAUGUUUUCUGAACUAGAAACACCAUGAAAAGGAAUAAACACAAGUGGUAGGAACACAAGUGAUUAACUUACAUUCAGUACCGAGCUUACUAAAAAGCAGGGAGUCCACAGGAAUAGAAUUUCUAAAGUUAAUGUUCUUUGGAGAAGUUACCAAAGACUGAAUAAACUUUUUCUCUAAAACUAUAUUUUGUGUGUGCCUGUGACUGUGCAUUUGCAUGCCUGUGUGCAUUCAUUUAUGAGUGUGUGUGUGUGUGUGUGUGUGUGUGUGUGUGUGUGUGUAUGUGUGUGUGGCCAAAGAACAACUUAGGAAUUUGUUCGCACCUUGCACUGUGUGAGGGGUUGAACUCAGGUCAUCUGGCUUAGAUGCAAGUAUCUUUACCCACUGAACCAUCUUGCUUGUCCCAGGGGAAUCUGAUACUGAACAUAUUGGAUGUUUAGGAAGUUUUCUGGAAUUUUGAAAAGAUACACUGUAAGUAUUUUCUGAAAAGAAAACUAAUAAAGGUAUUUGUUGAUACAGGAAAUAAAAAUGAAGACCAUUUUGUAAAAUCAAGGAGUUUGAAAAACUCAUAGAAUGAGUUACAUGAUUUAAAAAGCCAUUAGCAGGCUGGAGGAGUGAGCCUGAUGUCUUGUUUGGAUAUGCAGACGCCAUGUAGAAAGCGGGACAGUGUAGUAUGUGAGUAAUCCCAACAUGUCUCUACCAGCAGGUGUGGGGAGACAGAACUUUUAAAAGCAACCGCUGGUUGCUGUGGUGUUUAUAUCUUCAAUAAAAGGUGUGCAGCUAAGAAAUAAGGGUUUUGCCCCAUCUCAUUUUUCCAUAUAAUUUAAAAAUACUGCGGUAGGUUCCCCCUUCUAAGUUUAUGAGAUCAAUGAUAAAAGCUGAAUCAAUCUCUCUCUCUCUCUCUGUCUGUCUGUCUCAAGAGAUUUAUUUAUUUCAUGUAUGUGAGUACACUGUCAUUGUCUUUAGACACACCAGGAGAGGACAUCGGAUCCCCAUUACAGAUGGCUGUGAGCCACCAUGUAGUUGCUGGGAAUUGAACUCAGGACCUCUAGGAAGAGCAGUCAGUGUGGGAAUCACUUGUCUACCUACUUCCCACGGACAGAAUCAACAUUGCCCAGAAUUUCCCCAGUCUUAGCUAACUGUACUGUGAGAUGAAUAUUUGCUUAAUUGGGAAAAUGAAGGCUCUUAAAGUACAGUGCCUUGGGUUACAGUUGCAUUUAUUACUUUCCAUAAUUGAAGUUUUCUAUAAACUUUCCAUAGGUUAUUACUGCUAGCCUCUAUACUGACAAAUGUUGGCAGUUGCCCCUUAGCCACUUCAGAUUCUGCCUGUACUAAAGUUGUCAACAACUGUUGUAGGUUAAAAGUACAGGUUCCUCCCACCUCAGCUUGGACCUAUCUCUCUUUUUUUCUUUUUUUCUUUUUGAGACAGGGUUUCUCUGUGUAGCCCUGGCUGUCUUGGAACUCACUUUGUAGACCAGGCUGGCCUCGAACUCAGAAAUCCGCCUGCCUCUGCCUCCCAAGUGCUGCGAUUAAAGGCGUGCGCCACCACGUCUGGCUUUUAUCUCAUAUUUUUAAUCCAUUCUUUGAGUAAAUCAUUUUAAAAACAGAAUUCUUUAUUCUCUCAGGGUUAGUUACUCGUUUUUGAACAUGAGUUUUUUUUUCUUUAAGUAAUGUCUUCAUUUGCAAUGAAUUUAUCUCGUUCUAAAAUUUGCAUACUUCCAGUAGGGUUCUUUUGGUUGUAGCAUUUGGCCAGUUUUAGUGAAUGUUACCCCUGGAGAAUGUUUACUUUUAUGCAAUUGCUUGCUUUUAUACAAUGUUUGCUUUUAUGCAAGCCCCAAUUUUUGGCUACCAAUAAAGUAGAAGAUAUUCUAAGGU